AGCCUGUGCGCAGAUUUAACGCAGAGACCCAGUUGCUGCUGUCACAGUUGCUCCUGGAUUCUACAUUGUGCGGAUCUCUUCUUCACACUGCAAACAUGGAUCUGAAAGUGAUCGUAAUAUUCGCUCUGAUGGCGGUCGUCAUUCAUGCACCGGUUUCAAAUGCCAAGCCCAUCAGCCUGGUAGAGAGAUGCUGGUGCCGUUCCACAGUCAACACAGUCCCACAGAGAAGCAUUCGCGAGCUCAAGUUCCUCCAUACACCCAACUGCCCCUUCCAAGUCAUUGCCAAACUGAAGAACAACAAGGAGGUGUGCAUUAACCCAGAGACCAAAUGGCUGCAACAGUACCUGAGGAAUGCCAUGAACAAAAUGAAAAAAGCCCAACAACAGCAGAGCUAAGAAGUCUGCCAGAUGACGAGAAUCUGACAGCCCACCGUCACAGAUAUGUACCAUAUAGUCCUCUGGCAUGCUUGCUGACCCAGCACUUAACCUGCCAAAUAUGCAUCCCCAGUAAAUGACUCGACAAAAGACCACCAGACCAUCGUCGCCACCCAUGUAGUCUCCUCUGUUAGCGCCAAGUGCAAUUAUAUAUGUAUGACUGUGUUUUUUUUUUACGUAUGAUAUGUAUAUACAAUGUUUUUUUAUAUAUCGUCUUAAAAACAGUAAAGAGAUAUUUUUGGAGUCGUGUUUGCUCCUUGUUUGUUGUGUUAUGUUGGGUUAGGCAGAACGGCAUUGAGGUAUUUUGGAGCAAACAUUAAAAAAAUAUAAUCUUUAGAUUUAGAAGAAACCUAAUGUGACUUCACAUAAGCAGGACUGAAGUUCUGACACCUCUCAUAUGCAUGCAAGUGCUUUGACACAAAACGAAGGGCAUUGAUUUUCUAUUUCAUAUGUAUUUUAUUAGUUCCUAACCUAGAUAUCUUUAACAGUGUAAACUGCAUGUAAACGUUAUAUGGCAUAUAUGAAAAAAACAAAGUCGUCACUUGUUUUUGUUUUUGGAAAGGCAGGGUUACGUGGCCAAACAAACAUGAAGAAUUUAGUCCUUGUAUAACCCAAACGGUUUCUGAAUGACUUUGAGGAAUGUAAUUGGUUUUACCAGAAGGCAUUCGCACAGCCAUAGAGUCUUUUGCAAAAUGUUAAUUGACCGAUCAGAGUGUGCGUAAGGAGCUCGGCGUCACAACAUACUAAAUGUUGCUUCACGUUUAGCAAAAUUAUGUAACGAACAGAGACAGUUGUGCGUCAGUUAACCAAGAAGAAAAAAAGUAGAGGUUAAGAGUGUACUAAUGAGCUAAUUCAUUCAUUCAACGACGAUAAAAGAAUUUAAACUAUGGUAGGCAUGAUAAAAAAAAAAAAAAGAAAAAACAGCAGUGUUAGUGGAACAUCUGAGGUAGACCUUGAGGCAGAACUAAUUGACAUAAUGACUACCUAUAUAUAACAAUGCACUUUAUAACCCCUUGUGACAUUUACAAAAAAAAGCUGAUUCUGAAUGACGUCCAUUACGUAGUGAAUAGUUCUAGUGCUUAAUGUUUUCUGUGUUUAGACGUAGUUAUGAUUGUAUUGCCAAAUUUAUUAAACAUUUGUAUCUUCAGCAUCAUAUUUUAUUACUUUGAGUGGGUUUAUUUUAUACUUCUGUGGAAUAUUUGACAAGUAUGCUUAAGAGCAUUCAGAUUGAUUAUUCAUUUAAUCAUCAACAGCAGAAGCAUAACUGACAUGUACAUAAUAAAUACAUGUCAAUAAAAAUAUCUGAUCUAUAGAGGCACAUAAAUAUUCAAUCAGAGGUUAAAUCUCAGAAUCUCCCUAGUGAAAUUAUUUUGAACACCUACCUACGUGUUUUUCUUGGACAACUGUUUUGUCUAGGAAUACACAUGUGAGCACCAAACCUAUAGUAAGGUAUGCCAAUGCCUCAUACCUCUCCAAAGGAAAUUAGUGUAUGGAAUUUGUGUUACAUUACUGCCAGUUUCAUAAUAUUGAGUCGUUAAAAGCAACCAGACCUCACAAACACAACCCUCAGGCACAAAAUCUAUAAGGAAAUAUAAUGCCUUUACAUGCUCUGUCUCUACUGGAGUCUGUGUACAGGAUGAGGGGUUACAGCCCCCCCGCCAGUACAGUACAUCUUGCAAAAAUAUCAUGCACUCUUUGAAGCGCCAUUUCAGAAUGUGGUUAAAGACAUAUUAUUAACAAAGCUUUUCUCACUCAAAACGUCCCAGUGCAGUGAUGCCAAUACAUAAAACAUUUCCAGGAUUGAAUGGAAAAGUAAGGGUAGCUAUUUUAUAUUCCAUCAAAUUGCCAAUAUUCUCAACACUGUAGCAUAAGUAACUGUAGCAUAUACUGUCCUUCCACUCUUUUUUCCCACUUAAUGUGAAGGUUACUUCUGUGUAUAUGGCAGCUUAAAGCACAUCUGUUGUUCUUUCUUUUGUAAGUCUGUAUAUUGAUUUGAUUUAGUCCCUUACGUGUUGAUUUUGAAAUAAAUCAUUAUGAAGAA